ACGCUAGACUGAUGGAUGUCCAAAGACGUGAGCCGGCUCCAGCUGCCUCCAAGCGAAUCCCGCAUUCACAGCGAGGGAGCGCUUCAGAACCGGCCUCAAACGCCGGUGCGGACAGGAGUCCCGAGGAGAACGUUCAAAAUAAGGUUUCCUAGGUUCCAAACCCAGAUUCGAAACAAGCUGUCGCAGGAGUCCGGGGCUGGGAAGCCGGCAUCCCGGAGGGUUUCGGGUGGCGCGAGGCCGUGUUUUGAGGAGCGGCGCCCGGCUUUCCAAGUGCGGGGACCAGGCUCCGUGAGGGAGGGCCCUUGGCCUAGAGCGCACGAUCGGCCGUCGGCGGCGAACUCGAAUCCAGGUCUCCCUCGCCUCAGUCCAAUCAGUUCGCCACACUCCGCACCUCUCCACUCGGCCACACAUUCCCUCCGGGGGGACGGGGCCGCGCCCGGGGCAGACAGGGAGUCAGGGGGUGCCCUUGUCUGGACAGGGAGCGCGCGCGCCCUCCUCUUCCCUGGGGCCUCGGUUGGCCCAAUCUGUACCCAAGGCCGCCGGCCUGACCUUUCUUCUGGGACCCGGGCAGAGUCGGACGCGCUGUCCCGGGCCCCGGGUUCCAGGCGCCCGACUUCCCGAGCCCCGGAAGGGGGCCCGCCGCCCCCCGGGCCGCCGCCCCAGCUCCUCACCUACCUGAACUGCAGUGCGAGCGCCCGCGGCGCCACCAGUCCCUCUCGGCCCCCCGUGGACAAGCCAGUCUCAGCGACUCGUCAGUCUGAAGGAGCGGACCUCCGGCCCCGCCCACCCGGACUUUUGUCACCUGACGCAGAGCCUCCUCUGUCAGAGCAACUUCCGGCGACAGCCGGAAAAGGUUGGUGUUCAGCGCCGAGCUCCGGCCAGGUGCGUAGCUCGAGAAACCACAUUCCAGGACCAAGCUUCUACAAUGGUUCAACUAGCCAGUUAAGCUGCCUUUGUCCAGACAAUGACUCUGGAAACAAGGAGAAGAUGCAGUCCAUAUUGCCUGGCUUGAAGACAGACACAGGCAUCCUAGUACCCGGCCAGUCACCCUAGAAUAUGCCUUUCCUGAUGAUGAAGCAACGUGGGACCCCUGAUUCUCAAGAGUCUGAUUCUUCCAAAGAAACAGGUGUGCACUACCUUGGACCUGAAAGAUGCAUUCUUCAACCUCCCAUUGGCAGAGGCUAUUCAUUAAACAAUCUGAGAAGCCCAGCUGACCUCUGAGUCCACCACCAACUUCCCCUUGUUUGAAUCCAGUGAUACCGUCUGUGCCAAAUGAAGAGCCCAAGGGGCACUGAAUCCAACCUGGAGAGGACCCUACUAGGUGAUUCUCUCCACUCCUAUGAUGGUAAAGGUAGCUGGCAUCACACCAUGGAUCCACCACACCCGGGUCAAGGAAGCAGAAUCCCCAGAUGCUGCCAAAUCAAUGUCUCUGAUCUGUGGACCCAUUAAAAUUAAUGUCUCAUUGGGCCCCGGGCCCUUCCACUCCUUGCCCCUCUGCCUCCUCCUGAGUUGUGUUUAGUGCUAUGAGUAUAAAUACAGGGUCAUGUAUUCAUGUGGAGGUCAGCCCCCGCCGCUCUCAGGCCUGGAACCUAAGGAAGACCGAUACAGGGAAGGUGUUAGCUAGUGUGAUUACAGACCAGCAGCGGCAGUGAGCUUGACCUUCACUUGCUGAUACUCAGUUUAAGUGUCUAGUUUGACAGGAAAAAAGGAAAGAGAUGGAAAUGCAUCUUUUGAGAUAAAAUGCAGAGUUUACAUUUUAUGCCUGCUCUGUGGCUGGGCCCCCUAGAUGCCAAAACAAGGGAGUUUCCAUUGUAAAAACUGAGACUUCCUGAAAAAUCCUUUAAAAAUAUUCUGGCAUUUGGGAAACAGGAAAAACCUGGAGAAACAGACUCUAUGCCACAGGAAGGGACCCUGGGAAUAGAGUUAAUCAUUCCCAGCCAAAAAAAUCAGUCAGGAUUGCGGAUUAUGCUUGGACACGUGGCCCCUGUACUUUAUAAGGAUAGGAAAUAACCAGACUGUCAGCCUACUGACAAAGCUCACUGUGCCUGGGUGGCAGUCCAAAUUAAUGUUAGAGAGCUUACAAGGGUCUAAACUUGUCUAAUAUCCAAGACCUUUAACCUAGGCACUUCCUUUAUUCUGAUGCCGGCUAUUCUGGUUUUCAGUUAGUUCACCUGAAUAACCAAGCCUCUGAGACUACUUGGUGGGCAUGUACCAAUGGUUUGACUACACAUGCCUCUUCUGAUGCUUUCCAAACUUAGUAGGCAGGUUGAUCAGGACCCAGAGAUAUUAAACCAACAGUUAGAUUCCCUUACAGAAGUAAACAAACACACACACCCUUGAAACGAUCCUACAAAAUUGAAGAGGCUUAGAUUUACUUCUUAUGAGAUAAAGGAAACUGUGUCCAGCUUUUGGAAAAAGUCUGUUAUUUAUAUGCUAGUUGACUGGGAAUAAUUUUUUAAAAAUCUUGCCAUGGCUGGGAAAAAAUUCAAAAAUUCAAAAAUACAAAGACAUAUUAAUACCAGAUAAUUAACACCAGACUCUGUUCUCUUGGCCCCCUGGUUAACUACUCUGCCAUCAGCACUGGCUGGGCCUUUAACUCUCAUUCUGAUUGGAAUAACAGUGAGGCUCUGCAUCUUAAACUAAAACAGGAUAAGUCCAUGAUUUGACUCAUUCACUAGGACCAGUGGGGAACUGGAAGAAAUGUAACAGGGACCCAGACCUUAGCACAACUGACUCCAUGAUGGAAGUACUUUUCAAGUUGUAAAACUCAGUAGGUAGACAACACCACCAGCCAAAGCUAAAACAAAGGCCGAAUCUGCCAAGUCUAUAGUUCUCUAAAUGUACUAACCUUGCUCUUUGGCUUCUGGAGUUCUGCUUUUGUCUAACUGUUCUUAUUAACUGAAGUAUGUCAGUCCAGGACAUGGUUUUCAUGCGGCAUCAGUGUCACCUGCUCUGAGGCUCAGAAAGCAUCACAACAGAGAGGACGGGCACCAUGGGAACUGAAAGGAUGGGGAAGACUACAGCAUGGCUGCUGGCUUCUGUCCAGAAAGUGGACAUGGCAAUCUCGAACACUCAGCAGGGGUGACUGCAUGGGGUCUGAAGAGAGAAAGUGAGGAGGGACUUGAAGGUAGGGUGGAGGCUAGCUGGGAGGAAGGGGCUAGCAGAAGUGAGGGGAUAAGAGAGGGUCUAGUGCAUGCUGGGAUAGCACCCUACCACCCUGUUGCUCAAGAAUUCACGGUUUUGCAGGCAUAGUGCUGCAUGCCUUUAAUCCAAGCAGAAGCAGGCAGAUCUCUGUGAGUAGGAGGCCAGCCUGGUCUACAGAGUGAGUUCUAGGACAACCAGGGCUACACAGUGAGACCUUGUCUUGAAAAAAAUAUCGCCGUCCCCUCUGUUGGAAAACAGGCCAUUUUCAUGGUCUUAUUUGGGAAGCAGCAAUUAGAUUCUUGAAAUUUUAACAUUGAAGAAAGAAUUUUUCAUUUCAUUAUGUUCUUGUUAUUAAAAACUUGCCCAGGAA